AGGCCUGGCGUAAAACACACGGAGGCCUAUCGAAGCGCCCCCUAAAAUUUUCACCGAGGAAGUAAGAUGGCGGAGGGUGGUUCGGAAAGUGUUUUGUGUAGAUAUUUCUUGAGUGGAGCUUGUAGAGAUGGUGCAGGGUGCCACUUCUCUCAUGACCGCUCUCUUGGUGUGGUUGACAAUGUUUGCCGAUACUACCUGAAAGGCGAAUGCUUCUACGGUAACCGGUGUCGGUACGAUCACAUCAGGACGGGCCGCAAUAACCUUCACAAUCGUGGGGGUCGUGGGAACAGCAGAAAUCAGGGAGGUCACCGUAAUCAUGGUAAUCAGCAGGGUUGCCACAGAAGAGAAAACUGCGCUACUCAACCGAGCACGGCCAGUGGCAGUCGAGGGAACGCAGGCUGGAUGACCUUGCUUAGAAAGAGCAGUCCCUCUGUGGAGCGUGGUGUCGGAGAGGACCCUGUGUCUGAGAACGGCUCCUACUCUGCCAAUUGGGUCAACGCACCCGAAUUUGUGCCCCGGAUUCCAGCUGGUUCCUCUGCUAAGUCAUAUGCUUCCAUGGUGCGACCUCAGCAGGAAGUAGCUGAGCCGACAGAGUUUCCUCCGCUGUGCCCGUACGAGUCGGCGAGUGGUUGUCCAUUUGGGGACAAGUGUACCUACCUCCACGGUGAGAUGUGUGACCUGUGUCAGAAGCCCUGCCUCCACCCAACUAGUGAAGCACAACGGAAGAAGCACAGAGAGGAAUGUCUGGAGAAGCAUGAGCGGGACAUGGAGUUGUCAUUUGCGGUGCAGCGUAGUGCCACAAAGAGUUGUGGCAUUUGUAUGGAUGUAGUGAUGGAGAAAGAACCACCCCCGGAACGGCGUUUUGGCAUUUUGGAGAAGUGCAGCCACGUUUUCUGCCUCAGCUGCAUACGCAAGUGGAGGGGUACUCGGCAAUUCGAGACCAAGACAGUCAGGGCAUGCCCAGAGUGCCGUGUUCCUUCAGACUUUGUUACACCAAGUAGUUUCUGGGUGGACAUGGGAGAAGAGAAGGACAAGCUUAUAGCAGACUAUAAGAAGGCGCUCAGUGCAAAGCCUUGUCGUUACUUCAAAGAGGGCCGAGGGGAAUGUCCCUUUGCGGGGGCCUGCUUUUAUAGGCACGCCUAUCCAGAUGGAAGCAAGGCUAUCCUCCCGCCACCUCGGCCGCGUCGUCGCCAGAAUCAGGAAGGCGAGCUGGAGAUAAUGGAGAGGCUUGUCUUGUGGGACUUCUUCGACUUCCACGAUGACCAUGACUUCCUCUCUCCAUUCAGCUUGGAAGAUGUACUUGAAAUCAUCACAGAGACAGAAGAUGACUCUGAUUCAGACUGGAGCGACAUAGAUAUUUUCCUAAAUUGAUUUAAAUAGUGGUUGCUAGCCAGCAUUUCUUCCUGUUGUUCUCGUUGGUAGUCUGAUUUCACGUUUUUUCUUGCCUCCCCCAAUUGUGCAUUUCUGAGAGCACUCUAGGGAAGCGCAAUCUUUUUGCUCAGGGCGCACAACUCUUGAGACCGCACCACCCUUCCUGCACCUCCCUCCUCAAAGAUUAGUAGUGUUUUCGUUUUAUGUGGGGUGUGCGAAAAUUAUGUAUCCCUUACCUGUUGCUUUCACUGCUGUAGAUGGAAAAUAUUGUAAUAUGUAGUAAAUUAUAUGCUAUAAAUUCACUAGAAAUGUUCUCACACAAUACUGCAAUGCAAAUGCAUUUUGCUUGACCCCAUUGGGAACCGUUGCGAGAAUACUUCGCUCUUCUUUAAUCUAGUGAGCUUGGCAUGCCGCUAACAAUAGCUACCUCGGGACCGUGUAGACCACCAAUGCUUUCCAAAUAGACAAAAGUCGCAUUGUCUUUCUUCACUUUCUAUAGUUACUCCACUGGGGAGAAUCAAUAAUGCCACAAUAAUACAACACUGAAUGGGCCUAAACAAGGUAUUGAUAGCUUGGCGCAUGACAUUCUUUAAGCUGUCCGUGCCUUGGACAGCAGAUAUGGGACAUAUCAAACCAGGACUAUCGAAUAGUACUCAUGUGGUGCAAGCUCAGUGAUUGAAUUCGUAUUGUUAUUCACUAAGCAUUUCCUGAUUCCAAUAUUCGCACACCCCGAGUUGUUGUGCUUUUGUUUCCCAAGCAUGAGCAACAAGCGCAACUUUGGAGUGGGGAGCAUCUUUUUUUUUUUUUUCAUGUGGGAGCUGCUCCACAUUGCAGUAGCAAAUGCUAUGACGUCUGUCUUCUGUAGCCACAAAAUACUGUGUAACAGUCAUGCCUUAUGUGAGGCCCAGUGAAAGCAAAUUCUGGAACAUACUGGAGGUGCAGUUAAAGUAGUCAUCACAUUUUUCAUGCUUAACAAGCUGCUAAAUAUCAAUUGCCCAUAGAAGUUCUUUUUGUGCUCUGGAUGCCGUUUCUGUUUUCUUCAGUUCCGAGUGCAGCAGCCGACCUUGAGACCCAUUAGGUAUACCUCAACUUAAAAGAGCAGUAGGAAGGGAAGCAGUUAUGGAAAUUGUCUCAGGCUUCUUUACAGUUUUGUAUAAACAUGUAUAUUUUGAAGUUGUGUAACAGAUAUUGUACAGCAUAAUCUCUUCUGGUGAUGAAUUAGGUUAGAACAAAUAAAUGUGCUUGAAAGAAUUGA